AUGGACCUCGGCCCGCGCAGCCUGGAGCCCGCGGCCGCCCGCGCCCCCGGCCCCAGCCUGAUGGCGCCCGUGCGCGCCGUGGUCCGCCUGCGCCGCCGCGUGUGCCACCUGCGCAAGCGGCGCCUGCUGCUGCCCGGCGCGGGCCCGGACUCCGGCCUCGGGGCGCCCCGGCCGUGCUGCGGCGCCCGGACGCCCCGCGCCGACGCGGAGCAGCCGCAGUUCUUCACCUUCGACGGCGCGGCCGCCGUGCCCCGGGCGCCGCGCAAGCGCCGGCGGCGCAGCCGGCUGGUGCUCUACCCCGAGACCGCGCGCAAGUGCCGGCCGCGCGCCGAGCGCCGCAGCCGGGCGCAGCGCUGCCUCCUGCUGCUGGUGGCCAUCGUGGGCUUCCAGGUCCUCAACGCCAUCGAGAACCUGGACGACAACGCGCAGCGCUACGACCUGGACGGGCUGGAGAAGGCGCUGCGGCGCGCGGUGUUCGGCCAGCCGGCGGCCGUGGCGCGCAUCGCGGCGCUGCUGCGGGACUACCUGGCCACGCACGUGCACAGCCGCCCGCUGCUGCUGGCGCUGCACGGGCCCAGCGGGGUGGGCAAGAGCCACGUGGGCCGCCUGCUGGCCGGCCACUUCCGCGCGGUGCUGGCGGACGGCGCGCUGGUGCUGCAGUACCACGCGCGCCACCACUGCGCCCCGGGGCGCGCCGUGCGCUCCUGCCGCGAGGAGCUGGGGCGGCGCGUGGCCGCGGUGGUGGCGCGCGCCGAGGCGGAGGAGAAGACGCCGCUCGUGGUGCUGGACGAGGUGGAGCUGAUGCCGCCGGAGCUGCUGGACGAGGUGCGGGGCUUCCUGCAGCCGCAGCGGCCGCACCCCUUCCGCAACGCCAUCUACGUGCUGCUCAGCGGCGCGGGCGGCGGCGAGGUCACGCGCUUCGCGCUGCAGAACGCGGCGCGGGCCAAGCUGCCGCGCGGGGACGGGCCGCGGCCGGAGGAGGAGCUGCGCGCCAGCCUGCGCGGGCUGCUGGUCCGCGAGCACCCGCUGUGGCAGGCCGCGGCCAUCGUGCCCCUCCUGCCGCUGGACAGGGGGCACGUGGUCAGCUGCUUCCGGGAGGAGAUGGCCGCCGAGGGCUUCUUCCCCGAGCGGCGCCAGGCCGAGCUCCUGGCCGCGCAGCUCAGCUACUACAGGGUGGGCGGCCGCGAGUUCGCGGUCACCGGCUGCAAGCAGGUGGUGGCGCGGGUGAACCUCCUGUAGCCGGGC